ACCGCGUGCGUCCCCGCAGGCGAUGCGGCAUGGAGCGGGAGGAGGAGGAGGAGGAGGAAGGAGCGAGGGCUGAGGCCGAGGGUGAGGAUGAGGAUGGAGCCGGGGCUGGAGCUGAGGAAGGAGCGGGGACUGCGGCUGAGGAUGAGGAUGGAGCCGGGGCCGAGGAUGCUGCUGCUGAGGAUGCUGAUGAAGAUGCUGAGGAUGAGGAUGAGGAUGAGGACGAUGCUGAUGCUGAGGACGAAGGCGCGGCGCCGGCGGCGCGGUUCCUGGCGCUGCAGCGGGCUCUCUCGGGCGCGCUGCGGGCGCUGCCGCCGCCGGGCCCGCCGGUGGCCGCGGUGUACGCGCCGCUCGAGUACGCGUGGGAGCCGCACCGGCGCUUCGUGCGCCGCUUCCUGCGCGGGCCCGCCGCCGUGCUGUUCCUGGGCAUGAACCCCGGGCCCUUCGGCAUGGCCCAGACCGGGGUGCCGUUCGGCGAGGCGUGGCACGUGCGGGAGUGGCUGCGCGUGUCGGGCGCGGUGCGGCGGCCGCCCCGCGAGCACCCCAAGCGCCCGGUGCUGGGGCUGCGCUGCCCGCGGGCCGAGGUCAGCGGCGCCCGCUUCUGGGGGCUGAUCCGCAGCCUGUGCCCGGACCCCCGCGCCUUCUUCCGCCACUGCUUCGUGCACAACCUGUGCCCGCUGCUGUUCCUGGCGGCCUCGGGCCGGAACGUGCCGCCGCCCGAGCUGCGGGCGGCCGAGCGGGAGCGGCUGCUGGCGCCGUGCGGGGCCGCCCCGCACCCGUCCCCCCGCAACGCCCGCAGCGCCCGCGGCUGGGAGAGCGAGGCGCGGGAGCGGCUGCGGGAGCUGGGGGUGCUGCGGCUGCUCGGGGUGCGCGACGGGCCGGGCGGCGGCCGGGGGGCUGCGGGGAGCGGGCACGGGGCGGGACCGGACCAGCGGGACCAGCUGGGAACUGGGGGAAGUGGGCUUGGGGGGUCCCUGCCCCAGUUUGGGACUGGGGGGAGCGGGGACGGGGGAGCCCUGCCCCAGUUUGGGACUGGGGGAAAGGAGGUUGGGGGGUCCCUGCCCCAGUUUGGGACUGGGGAAAAGGGGAUUCAGGGAGCUCUGCCCCAGUUUGAUCAGUUGGGAACUGGGGGGAGUGGGGUUCGGGGAGCCCUGCCCCAGUUUGGGACUGGGGGAAAGGAGGUUGGGGGGUCCCUGCCCCAGUUUGGGACUGGGAAAAAGGGGAUUGGGGGCUCCCUACCCCAGUUUAAUCAGUUUGGGACUGGGGAACAGGGAGCUGGGGGGUCCCUGCCUCAGUUUGAUCAGCUGGGAACUGGGGGGAGUGGGCUUGGGGGAGCCCUACCCCAGUUUGGGACUGGGAAAAAGCGGGUUCGGGGAGCCCUGCCCCAGUUUGACCAGUUUGGGACUGGGGGGAAGGGGGAUGGAGGGGGGCUGGACCAGUUGGGGACUGGGGGGAGUGGGCUUGGGGGGUCCCUGACUCAGUUUAGGACUGGGGGGAAGAGGGUUAGGGCGUCCCUGUCCCACUUUGACCAGUUUGGGACUGGGGGGAAGAGGGUUAGGGCGUCCCUACCCCAGUUUAACCACUUUGGGACUGGGGAAGAGGGAGCUGGGGGGUCCCUGUCCCAGUUUGACCAGUUUGGGACUGGGGGGAAGGGGACUGACGGGUCCCUGCCUCAGUUUACCCGCUCAGAACAGGAUUUAGGGCAACACUCCAGGGCAGAGGGUGAAUCCCUGCUUCAGUUUCCCCACUCGAGAGGGGGUUUAGGGCUCCUGUAGGGGCGGGGGAUGGACCCUGCCUCAGUUUCCCCACUCGGGGGUGGUGCUUUAGGGGGCAGGGGAUGGGCCCUGCCUCCGUUUCCCCUUAGGGAAGGCGGGGAGGGUUCGUGGAGGGUUUUCUGUGGAAUUCUGGAAUUAAUAAAGGCGAAAAUUGGUAAAAAAAAAA